AUGCGUUUGCACCCGACAUUCUAUGUCGGGCGCCUUAAGGCUUACCUGCCGGCGGAUCUCCCUUUGGUCCUUCCUCACUCGUCUGUAUCGGCUCAAAGUCCGACACCCCCUGCCGACGACGCUAAAGACGACUGGGACCAAGUCCUAGACGAGCGCGAGCAGACUCGUUCUGCUGGGGUCCACCGAACGCAGCAGUCUCGAGCUGUCGCAGACGCUCCACCAAGCCCUGCUGCUCCCGUCGGGUUCUCUCGGCAGCCUCUGUCGCAGCUGCUGCACGAUCUCGAGCCCUCUCGGCCAUCUCACGGGCAUCCAGAAGGCCGUUCAUCGCCUCUUCAGUGUCAGCACGAAGGAAACGAAGCUCGUCACUCGACGGCACAGGCGCCCGAUUAUGAGAAUCGGCGCCCAACCCAAGAAGCCUUCCGUCGUGAUGCUCCUCCUCCCUUGGUAGAUGCAUCGGGUGAGCGACGCUGGAUUGUGGACCGUAUCGUCGGUCAUGAAGACCCCACGCCUCUUGCGCCGAGUAGUGGCUCGGCGCCAUCGAAGAGUCGUUCAGAAACGCAUUACAAGGUCCGAUGGUUGGGUUAUUCACCAACGGAAGACACGUGGGAGCCUCGAAGUAUGCUGGCUCACGAUGUUCCUGACGUCGUUGAGGAGUACGAGACCAGUAAGAGGUCGGCGAACGCGACCGACGCUGCUGACGCCUUCCACGAUCCCGCGAACCGUAACGUGCGUGAAUUGGCGAUCGACGACGAUCUCCCGAGCGACUCCGACGUCUUCUACGAGGCUCGGGAGCAUUUGGAUACCUUGACGGUCGUGAACGCCUCCAUUGAUCGACAGGGCGUUCCCUCAUGUGACGCAACGCAGAUACUUGGAGCUCUGAGAGGCUCCUCUCAUAGCGUCCGAUCCAUGGUCGGAUGUGCUGGGGCAUUCCCCGUGCACACACCAUGUCGUCCCAUUCCUGCCGCAUUGGUCGCGGUCUCUCCAUGUGACACCGUGGACACCCUUCACGGACAUGGACGUAACACAUGUGGAACCCAUCACGAGUCAAAUGACAUACGCGUCGUCGUAAGUCGCCAAUAG